UGAUUGGUUAGAAUUUCUGUGAGACGUAGGCGCCGCCGCGGCCCUCGCGCUAACUGCAGAGGGGGGCGGGGGGAAUCGUCUCAGUCGGCGUUCCGUGUGAAGAGGAAGAGAACUCCUCGCCGCCGCCGCCAAUAGAACAAUGACGUUCAAGCGGAGCCGAGAUCGUUUUUACAGUACUCGCUGCUGUGGUUGUUGUCAUGUCCGCACCGGGACUAUCAUUUUGGGGACCUGGUAUAUGGUGGUGAAUUUGUUGAUGGGUAUUUUACUGACAGUUGAAGUGACUCAUCCCAAUACUGUGUCAUCUGUAGAUAUCCAGUAUGAGGUUAUUGGAAACUAUUAUUCCUCUGAGAGGGUUGCUGAAAAUGCCUGUGUUCUCUUUGCCAUCUGGCUCCUCAUGUUUACAAUCAGUGCUAUGUUGGUGUAUGGAGCAAUUACUUAUCGUGUCAGUUGGCUGAUUCCAUUCUUUUGUUAUCAACUCUUUGACUUUGUUCUCGGCUGUCUCAUGGCUAUAAGUUCCCUCACUUAUUUGCCAAGAAUAAAAGAGUACCUGGAUCAACUACCAGAAUUUCCGUACAAAGAUGACCUCUUUGCUCUUGAUUCAAGCUGUCUUCUGUUCAUUGUCCUAUUGUUCUUUGUUUGGAUCAUUAUUCUAAAGGCCUAUCUAAUUAAUUGUGUCUGGAACUGUUAUAAAUACAUUUGCAAUAGAAAUGUGCCUGAAAUAGCUGUUUAUCCAGCAUUUGAAGCACCCCCACAGUAUGUUUUGCCAUCUUAUGAAAUGUCAGUGAAAAUGCCAGAAAAGGAACCGCCACCUCCUUAUGUUCCUGCCUGAAGCAGCCAUGUUUCUAGCAAAAUAAUUGUAUAGCUUCAUUUUUUAUAUUGUAAGAUUGCUUAAAUAUUCAGGGUUUUAGGAGCAACCAUACAAAGUUAAGAGGCAUUUGAUAUAACCUUACUAAACACAACUCAUAAGGGAGUGAUUUUUUCCCCUUCUUGCUAGCUUUAAUUUUAUUGAUCUCCUUAAACCUCUUAUGUAAUUCUUGCUGUGGGGCUUUAUUUUGUAUUUCAGCUUCUGCAUACAACUCCAAUUCUAUGGAUUUGUAAUUUCAUUUUGUUUCAAGAAAUACAUUUAUUAAGUUAAGCAAGUUCUUGAUACUUUACAUUUAGGAAAUCAAGCAUCUUGCAAGUAUAGAUUAGUUCUGAAGAACAAUCAUCAAUGGCAAUAUUUUUUUUCUGUUUUUUUUUAGUGUGGGAAAAUUAGUUCCAAUGUGGUGCACUGUUGCAUAUAUAUGUAUUUACCUGAAACUUUUUGUGUUACAUUAGUUUUUACUGUGUUAUCCCUAUGCCUUGAAACAAUAUUUUUUAAAGCCUGAAGUUGGAAUUAAUAGUUUGACACUUUUUGUCAUAUGGUAUGAAUGCCAGAAAAGGACACUACUUUUGUCUUGCUUGCUUCAAAUCUGUAUGUAUUUUCAUCUUUGUUUAUAAAUGAUGCUUUAAUAAAUCUUUAAGAAAAUAA